CACACUCUCUCUCUCUCUCUCUCUCUCUCUCACAAACACACACAUACACUCUCACACACUCUCUCUCUCUCUCUCUCUCUCACAAACACACACAUACACUCUCACACACACUCUCUCUCUCUCUCUCCUUCUCUCCUGCGCGCGCGUCCUUCCGCCCCGCACCGAGCUGUCCGCGCGCUCUGAACCCCGCUCGCGCGCCCCGUUCUCAGUCCUUCCUCCCUGAUCAUGAACAGACUGAAGUGCUGCUUGAUCGCGGGGAGCGUCAUCGGUGCGGUGAUGUGCCUGAUCGGUGUCAUCCUCAUCCCACUGGGCGACUAUCUGAUCGAGAGCACCGUCAAAAAGGAAUCCGUGUUGGAAGAAGGAACCACGGCGUACGAGAACUGGAUCUCAGCCGGCGCCCCGGUGUACAGGAAAUUCUUUCUGUUUGACGUGCAGAACCCGAACGAUGUGCUAAACGGCAGUAAUCCUCAACUCGUCCAGAAAGGGCCGUACACGUACAGUACGAGGUACAUUCCCAAAAAGAAUGUGACGUUCUACCAGAACAACACUGUGUCCUUCCUACUGGAGUCCGGCGCCAUCUUUGAGCGAGCCUUGUCUAUAGGACCUGAGGAGGAUGUGGUGACCACACUGAACCUCGCUGUGGCUGGUGUCUACAGUCUGCUAAAUCACUCAUUGGCUAAUAUAAUUAUCAACCUCAGCAGCUCGUCUCUGUUUCAGAACAGAACGGUCAAGGAGAUAUUAUGGGGCUACCACGACCCCAUGCUGAGAACGACACUGGGCGUGUUUUACCCGUAUAACGGAACCUACGACGGCCCCUAUAGCGUCUUCACAGGCAAAGACGACAUCAGCAAAGUCUCCACCAUCGAAAGCUGGCAAUACCAGCAGUCUCUGUCCUACUGGAAGAAUUCCUACUGUGAUAUGAUCAAUGGAACAGAUGGCUCAUCCUUCGCUCCGUACGUGGACAAGAAAAAGCCAUUGUACUUCUUCUCCUCAGAUAUCUGCAGGUCGGUCUCGGCCGAGUUCCACAGCAGUGUGGAUUUGAAGGGGAUCGAGGUGUACCACUACGUGCUGCCGUCACAAACCUUUGCCGCCCCUGUGGACAAUCCGGACAACCAGUGCUACUGCACGAACAAGGAAGUCACCAAGAACUGCACCUUAGCCGGCGUGCUCGACAUCAAAGCGUGCAAAGGUUUCCCUGUGCUCAUUUCCCUCCCACAUUUCCUCUACAGCAGUAAGGACCUGCUGGAGAAUGUUGAUGGUCUAAACCCGGACCCUGACACACACUAUACCUUCCUGGAUGUGGAACCGAUCACAGGCUUCACACUGAAGUUCGCCAAACGCCUUCAGAUCAACAUGAUGUACGGGCCGUCAAAGGUCAUCAAGAUCCUUAAUAAAGUGAAGGAGAUGACCAUCUUUCCCAUCGUGUGGUUAGAUGAGAAUGCUGAGCUCGACGAUGAAACGGCACUCAGAUUGAAGAAGGAGCUCUUCUCCCGGAUGGACACACUAAAGACCGUGCAGAUCUCUCUGAUCUCGAUCGGAGCGGUGAUGUUCGUGCUGUCUCUGAUCGGAGUGUGUGUAGUGAAUUGCCAGGAUCGCAAAUCGUUUACAGCGUAGUGCGUAACAAGUUUACACACAGAUCGUUUCUGAUUAACAUCAGGACUGUAGCAAACGCUUCAGCUCAGGAAACCAUACGCUGCUGAAAAUGGUACGGCACCACACCACACCACUAGGGGGUGCUGCACAGUCCAGACAAUCUUUAAGGAAAAUGUGUACGUUAAUGCUACAUGCAAAUUCGGUAAAUACUUUACACUUUGACUUUGUAUUUAAAGAUUUGGUUCAAGUUCAAGCACAAAAAUGAUGUGAAUCAUAAAUAAUCCAGGACUUGUUAUGUCCUUUCUUUGUUAGUUAGUUUGUUUGCACUGGAGCUAAGAGGCUAAUGUCUAACUUUGCUAACCUUUAAGGAAAGCUUUCGAGCUUCCAGUUUGGCGUUAAUCAGGCUCUCCUCCUGAACCCAACAAAGCGAUAAAGUUUGAUUUGUGUAUUUUAAUUCUGCUAUUUCUUUAUUUGGUUGAAAUGUAAUUUGUGUUACUGAGACGAGCGUCUUCGGACGCGAGUGUGUGAUGAUUUAGCCGUGCACUUUACCCCAUGCUAUGAUCUUACGUUUAACUCCAGUGCAAAAUGAAAGGGGCAGAAUUUCAGAUAAAUGCUUCCUUUAAUGCUGUAUUUUUAUGGUAUGCAUUUAUGAUGCUUAUUCAGUACUGUAACUAAUAAAUACUUUUCAGAAUGAAUAUUAUAUUCAAAUAAAAAUACAUUUCAGUUCAGUUUAUAAAUGACAAAUACACAGACGAAUGUAAAAACAAACACAGUCUUAGUGCUAAUAAA